ACCACAGUGUAGGAAGGAAUACACAGAACGGAGAAAGUAUCUCCCAUGGAUCUUAGCAACAGAAUGGUCGUGCAGGUGGUGGUGUUGGCGUUGGUAGCUCAGGUCACGCUCUCUCAGCACUGGUCGUAUGGCUGGCUACCUGGAGGGAAGAGAAGUGUUGGGGAGCUGGAGGCCACCAUCAAGAUGAUGGACACAGGAGGUGUAGUGGCUCUUCCUGAGGAGACAAGUGCCCAUGUCUCAGAGAGACUGAGACCGUAUGAUGUAAUAUUGAAGAAAUGGAUGCCCCAUAAAUAAAGAACUGUGAGACCAUUAUUCACAAAAGAAGCAAGAAGACAACAUCAAGCAGACAUUCAGCAUCACUAUCAACAUCAAUGAUGGAGCAUUCAACUACAGUUCUGUCCAUUUCCAACAAACAUCACAUUUAGAUUGAUGUUAUUUACUUGAAGUAUAACACUUUAACCUUCUGUAAAAUUGUAAUAAAGAGUGAUUC